AUGGAGAAAAUCAUCUACGAGUUCUACUCCGAUCUCUUCGACAGCCAUGUCAUUCCAGAGGUUCUCCUAUCUGAAAUACGACAUGCUAUCAUGUCGGCAAGAAAUCUUACAGCACCCGGUCCCGACAGAAUAAGACCAGAACAACUGAAGAACCUUCCGCCAGCACUCAUCAACACCUUGACGAGGCUCUUUACACGUUAUCUGUCGGAAUGCAAGGUUCCUAAACAGUGGAAGACCAGCAAGACCGUGUUGUUGUAUAAAAAGGGAGAUCCACAUGACGAUUGGAAAGUUUUGGAUGAAGGACAGCCAUGCGAGCAAGCAGGGUUUCGAAAAGGAUUCAGCACGAUUGACCACAUUCACACUGUUUCGAAACUCUUCGAGGUAUCACGAGAGUACAAGAUGCCGCUCUGUCUCACCUUCAUCGACUUAAAGAAGGCCUUCGACUCAGUUGAGAACGAAGCGGUCGUGGAAGCCUUGGACAACCAAGGCAUCCCUACUCAGUACAUAAAGGUGCUUCGAGAGUUGUACAGUAACUUCACGACCGGAAUUUCGCCAUUCUACAAGAAUAUCAUCAUUGACGUGAAGAGGGGGGUCCGACAGGGUGAUACAAUUUCACCCAAAAUAUUCACAGCCACCCUCGAGAACGCAAUGCGAAAGUUGGAAUGGGACGACAUGGGAGUGAAGGUUGAUGGUCGGCAGCUACACCAUUUGCGCUUUGCUGAUGACAUCGUACUGAUAACACCUAGCAUCAGCCAAGCGGAACGAUUGCUGACCGAAUUCGACGAAACAUGUGGAUGCAUCGGUCUUCAGCUGAAUCUGCAAAAGACGACGUUCGUGCGCAACGGAUCGGUCUCGGAUGUCCCAUUCAUGCUCAGCGGAAGGAACAUAUCCGAAUGCACCAGCUACGUUUAUCUGGGUCGGGAACUGAACAUGAUGAACGACCUGAACGCUGGGCAGGAGGAGAAGAGCGGCUUGGGGAGCGUACAAGAGCAUCGAGGAUGUAGUGAAGAAGACCAGGAACACCCGGCUUCGUGCUCUCCUCUUCAACACCACCGUACUUCCUGCUUUGACCUAUGCUUCGGAAACCUGGGCAUUUCGCAAGCAGGAAGAAAAUGCGAAAAUUAUGAUGCUCUUCGUGUCCCACGCGAAACGAGGAACGACUGGGCACGCGGGAUCGGGACAAAUGGAAGAAUUACUGGCGUGCGCUCGAUCAGUUUGAAGAUCAACGGGAAUCAAGAUCACCGUCGCUUGUUUUUUGGCAAUGUGUACAACACCACCGGUUACAUUUUUCUCAACGGAUACGUGUACGCAGAGAAGUGCGUGUGCAGAUCCGGACCAUGUUGUGGAAAAUGGGAGUUCAAGGAAUUCAUGGACAAUGGUUGCUAUGUUUACCGUAACGCAAAUGAGAAAAUAUUACCCUCAUCUGAUGUUGGUCAAAGUUUUUUCAUGGCUGGGGCGGCAACGUAG